AUGUUGUCGAGUGUUGUGCAAGAGAUAUCAAACGAUCCAACUACAGACACAGAAAUAAAAAUAACCAACAAAGAAACUGCUAAUACAAGGGGAAUUACAAAAACAAAAGACAGGAAAAAGGGCUUGCAAAAUAGCAGAGAAGAUAUACAGCAAACAAUCAUAAAAAGCAAUACAGAUUUUAAAAAAAGACAACUAGAAAUGAUGGAAGAGGAACAUAUAUACAACAUUAAAAUAGCCAAAUUGAAAAUUAAAAAAUUAGAAUUACAAAUAUCUUUGUUAGAAAGUCAAAAAGUACAAGUUAAAUAG